CAACGCCCACCUUACAAACUCAACAACUGGUCUCAAUCCCCAUUCCUAGUAUACCUCGCGUCGCGUCGCGCCCCCUCCUCCACAAUGUCCAACGUACCCGAAGGCGCUCACCUUGAGUAUCAGAAGACUCAGCUCAUCGGCAGCCUCGGCGCCGUCGCUGAGACUAUGCGCAACUGUGCCGCUAUUGCGGACCAGUUCUCCCAAAUGCUUGCGCAUGGCCACGUUAACUUCAACGGUGCCGCGCCCCUUCACAUGAUGCCUCCAGGGCUGAACGCCGCCAUUGCCGACCCCAAACAAUUCUUUGCCCUUCCCUCCCCCGCUGCAGCGACCCCGGCUGAACGCAAGCGCAAAGCAGAGGCCCAGGAUCCAGAUGAAGACAGCAAAAAGAAGAAACGUGGCUCGGUGAAAAAGCCCAAGGACCCUAAUGCCCCCAAGCGUCCCGCCUCUUCCUACAUCUUCUUCCAAAAUGAGAUUCGCUCUCAACUCAAGAGCAAGCACCCGAAUAUGACCCAGCACGAACUGCUAAAUCACAUCUCGAAACAGUGGUCCGAGAUGACACCACCCCAGAGAGAUGUCUACGAAAAGAAGCAAGCAGCCGCCAAGGCCAGGUAUGAAGCUGAGAAGAAGGUGUAUGAAGCCCGCGACGCGGUGACGAGCCCCGUCGUUGUUGCUGCUGUCAUCCCGGAUACCCCUUCGCCGAUCAUUCCCGCAGCCAUAGUCCCGAGUUCCGAUACCUCUGAGGACGAUGCGAGCGAUGAUGAUGAUUCGAGCUCUGAGACCUCUGAAGAGGACAAGCCAUCACCCAAGAAGUCCAAGGUGCCUCCAGUCCCGGCGCCUAAGCCUGUUGCGACGCCGAAGGAGAAGAAGCAUAAAAAGACAAAGGCUUGAAGCAAGGAGGAAGCUGUCGAUGGAGCUCUUGGUGCCGAAGUUCUCGUUAUCGUAUUCAUCACCCUUAUUGUGCCUCGCCUAGUCCUGCUAAUCUCGAUCUGCGGCUGACGGAAGUAAGCUUACUUUAGUG